AUGGCGGUUCGGCAGAUCCACCGCUCCCCGCUGCUCGGCUUCUUCUUGCUGUUCUUCGUCCACCUCCUCGGCAUUGAUGCCUCCGUUCACGACUACGCCGCAGAGAAGUUAGUCGCCAAAGGCAAUGCCUUCGUCUUCCACGGCGGAAGCGAGGGGCUCUACGCCUCCGUCCUCCAGCGAGAAGAAGGCAACGGCAGCUCUCCGGCCGCCGGCAGUGGCGACUCCUUCAUUAGGUAACUCAUUAGAUCACUUUUAACUCCACCUCUGCACGCAAUGUGGACUCGCUCUCUAUCCCCUGGAUCUGCCGAGCUCAAGUUGGAUUCGGCAUCUCCGGUUCCAUCUCCAGAUCUGUGGACCUUGAGUCGGAUUCCGCUCCUCGGGGUCUCUGCAUGGAUCUUCGGGCCUUGCUUUGGAUCCCGCGAUCCUUUUUGAGCUUCUGAGACUGCACUAGGAAUUUGUUUGGUUUCACCUCUGACGGAGGAGAAAUGCUGCAGAGCGGUACUCCGCCCUUGCUGCAUCUUUUGAUUAUCUGAUGAGAUCUCCAAUGACGUCUGCUUCUCCUACUAGUUUUCCAUUCUCCAUCAUGAUCUUUUCUAGAGCUCUCUUUCCAGUUCCUUUUCAACGUCCUAGGGAUGCUUUCCGAAGAAUUACCCGCAAAUGUUGCCGGUGACAUCUGUUGCAUUUUUCUUUUUUUUUACCCCAUCAUUUUAACGUAGAUUCAGCCACCUACACUCAUUAGGAUAGCUAUUUUUUUUUGUAUUUAUUUUAAGUCUGAGAAUUUCCUAUUUAAUUGGAGAUGCCAAAGAAAAAGCGGGAGUCAAUGAUUUUGCAAUUAUAUGAAAAAAAAAUAGACUCUUGUGCGUCUAAAUCUUGAGCUGAACCUCACCCACGUCUACAUCCAGCUUUGAGUCAAUCACAUUCAGGAGACCAAUGGAGGCCGCUGCAUCAAGCAAAGGAGAUGACACCAAGAUAGUCCAGGCCAUCAUAUUCGAAGUUGAUGACAGAGAAAUCAUUGGUGGGUCAGCAUAUGGCGGGCAAAGAGCGGUCUGCUGUACGCCCGACCUGGCGAAGCUAGGUGCCUGUGUUGAGGGUACAGUUAUCCAUCGGCCCUCAACACAGAACCCUGGUUGGCCAUGGGUGUUGCAGGCAUCAUUCAAGGGAAAUGAACAGGUCGCUACAUUGCCAUCCCAGACGAUACAUAUAACGAGAACCGGGAUGUAUAACGUCUAUUUCGUCCACUGUGAUCCCAGUAUGAAGGGUGUGACCGUGGAGGGGAAGACGGUUUGGAAGAACCCCGGUGGGUAUCUUCCAGGAAGGAUGUCCCCUCUCUUGAAGUUCUAUGGGACCAUAUCGCUUUUCUUUGUGAUCUUGGGGAUCUUCUGGUUCUCCCAGUAUGCAAGAUUCUGGAGAGAGAUUCUCCCGCUUCAGAAUUGCAUCUCUCUAGUGAUCAUCUUGGGCGCUUUAGAAACUGCGAUUUGGUAUUUUGAGUAUGCGGAGCUGAACAGGACCGGGCUUCGACCCACUGGAGUCACGAUUUGCGCAGUGACAGCUGGUGUUGUGAGGAGAACAGUCUCACGCAUCCUCAUCCUCGUGGUUUCCAUGGGCUUCGGUGUGGUGAAGCCCACACUGGGUGGCCUCACUUCCAAGGUGAUCAUGCUUGGGGCCACAUUCUUCCUCGCCUCCGAGGUGCUCGAGCUGGUGGAGAACGUCGGCACCAUAAGCGAUCUUUCAGGAAAGGCAAGAUUGUUCUUGGUUCUUCCAGUGGCCAUUUUAGAUGCCUUCUUCAUCCUCUGGAUAUUCACUUCUCUCUCUACAACACUCGAAAAGCUCCAGGUAUUUAUUCUCUGUCAUCAUUCCUUCCACAUAAUCUCUGUUGCAUGGAUCAUUCUGCCUCAUCUUGAUGACAACAGGCCAGGCGCUUGCUGCACAAGCUAGACAUUUAUCGAAAAUUCACCAAUGCAUUGGCGGUGACCAUCAUCAUGUCAGUUGGUUGGCUCGGAUAUGAGGUAACGAAUGUUCAUCGGGUUCUGCCCAGAUUUCUUGCGAUCUGGGAUUUUUUUAUGGCAAUAUAAUUCCGACGCUCCGGUUUUAUGUCCAUAGUUUUUGGGGAAAUUGAAAGAAUUUAAGGUGUGAUCGAACGCAUCUUCGCAGAUUUAUUUCAAGUCAACCGAUGUGUACAACGAGCGGUGGCAGAAUGCGUGGAUUAUUCUAGCCUUCUGGCAUUUUCUGUCCUUCUCUCUCCUCUGCAUUAUCUGCGCCCUCUGGGCGCCAUCUCAGAACACGAUGAGGUGAGAUCCCUCUGAGCCUCUCCUCCCUGGAUUUCUUCCUCUCUCUCUAGAACUGAAGUCAACCCGCCGCCCCAUCUGUCAGGUACGCCUUCUCAGACGAGGGCGGUGAGGGCUUUGACCAAGAGGAGGCUUCACUCCUGCAUUCAAAAGAAACCUGGAGUUCAUCCUCCCCGGACCUGAAAGCUGCACUGGCCAUUGACGUCGCUGCUGCCGCUCCACCUGAAGAAGACAAGAGAGAGUAG